AUUUACCGCACGGACCGGAAGUGACUGCGAGCGCCAUCCUCACGCAGAGCGUCUGUGAUGUUGACGAAGAGUUGAUCGAUUCUUUCACUGCUCGUCGGGUUCGUCGAAGAACAACAUGGCGGCGAAACGUAAACCGGACGCGACGGUCCCGGCGGAGGAGAGCGACCAGCUGCUCAUCCGGCCGCUAGGAGCCGGACAGGAAGUGGGACGCUCCUGCAUCAUCCUGGAGUUCAAGGGACGAAAGAUCAUGUUGGACUGUGGGAUCCAUCCUGGCCUGGAGGGAAUGGACGCUCUGCCGUACAUCGACCUGAUCGACCCUGCUGAGAUCGACCUGCUGCUCAUCAGCCAUUUCCACCUGGACCACUGCGGCGCUCUGCCCUGGUUCCUGCAGAAGACGAGCUUCAAGGGACGAACCUUCAUGACUCACGCCACCAAGGCCAUCUACCGCUGGCUGCUGUCGGACUAUGUCAAAGUCAGUAACAUCUCAGCGGAUGACAUGCUCUACACGGAGACGGACCUGGAGGAGAGCAUGGAGAAGAUCGAGACCAUCAACUUCCACGAGGUGAAGGAAGUGGCCGGCAUCAAGUUCUGGUGUUACCACGCGGGUCACGUCCUGGGGGCCGCCAUGUUCAUGAUCGAGAUCGCCGGGGUCAAGUUGUUGUACACAGGGGACUUCUCCCGUCAGGAGGACAGACAUCUGAUGGCAGCGGAGAUUCCCAGUGUGAAACCAGACAUCCUCAUCACGGAGUCGACCUAUGGGACUCACAUCCACGAGAAGCGUGAGGAGCGAGAGGCUCGGUUCUGUAACACGGUCCACGACAUUGUGAACAGGGAGGGCCGCUGUCUGAUCCCCGUGUUCGCUCUGGGUCGAGCCCAAGAGCUGCUGCUCAUCCUGGACGAGUACUGGCAGAACCACCCGGAGCUGCACGACAUCCCCAUCUACUACGCCUCCUCCCUGGCCAGGAAGUGCAUGGCCGUGUACCAGACCUACAUCAACGCCAUGAACGACAAGAUCCGCAAGGCCAUCAACGUCAACAACCCCUUUGUCUUCAAGCACAUCAGCAACCUGAAGAGCAUGGACCACUUCGACGACAUCGGCCCCAGCGUGGUGAUGGCGUCUCCCGGCAUGAUGCAGAGCGGCCUGUCCAGAGAACUGUUCGAGAGCUGGUGCACCGACAAGCGCAACGGAGUCAUCAUCGCCGGGUACUGCGUGGAGGGAACGCUCGCCAAGCACAUCAUGACGGAGCCUGAUGAGAUCAACACCAUGUCGGGUCAGAAACUUCCUCUGAAGAUGUCGGUCGACUACAUCUCCUUCUCCGCUCACACUGACUACCAGCAGACCAGCGAGUUCAUCCGGGCGCUCAAACCUCCGCACGUGAUCCUGGUCCACGGCGAGCAGAACGAGAUGGCCCGUCUGAAGGCGGCGCUGAUCCGUGAGUACGAGGACAACGACGAGGUCCACAUCGAGGUCCACAACCCGCGGAACACAGAGGCCGUCACGCUCAACUUCAGAGGAGAGAAACUGGCCAAGGUGAUGGGCUCUCUGGCAGACAGGAAGUGCGCUCAGGGUCAGAGGGUCUCCGGCAUCCUCGUCAAGAGAAACUUCAACUAUCAUAUCCUGACGCCCUCCGACCUCUCCAAUUACACAGAUCUGUGUAUGAGCACAGUGACUCAGACUCAGGCCGUCCCGUACACCGGACCCAUCUCCCUGCUGGUCAGCCAGCUGCGCAGCCUCGCAGGAGACGUGGAGCAGGUGGAAGGAGCUGAGAAAAUCACCGUCCGGAUCUUUAAGAGCAUCACUCUUGUCCACGAGGCCGGGAUGGUGACGCUGGAGUGGAUCGCCAACCCGCUCAACGACAUGUACGCCGACGCCGUCACCACCGUGGUGCUGGAGGUCCAGUCCAACCCCAACGCCCAGAAGUUUCUCGACUCCAAGAGGGAAACAUUCGACGCUGACGUGUUUGUGGAGCGACUGGAGCUCAUGCUACACGACAUGUUCGGGGACGACUGCGUGAACUUCAAAGACGGUAAAACUCUGAGUGUGACGGUGGACGGGGUCACGGCGCUCGUCGACCCGGAGACCAGGUCUGUGACCUGCUCAGAGGACGAGACCCUCAGGGAGAUGGUGGAAGUCGCCGUCCAGCGGCUGCACGACGCCCUCAGCCCCACCGUCUGACAGGUCCCGCCCACGCCGUGAUGUCACCGACGAUGAUGUUUGUCUCCUUGGUAACACUGUAUAUAAAGGUGAAAUAACUUUUUUGUGACAGACGACGACUCAAGAACAACACUGAACAUGAAUCAUCGUCUUUAUCUGCUUAUGUGGAAACAAAGAUCCGGGACGGGAUGAGGUUUAUUAAUUUUUUGAAAAAUAUUCUUUACUUUAUUUUCCUUGUUAAUUCAAGAAAGUCAAAAUAAUGAUGAGAAAUGAUCUUUGAUGAAGUUUCAGGAUCUUUGUGUUUGUUGUUCUGUAGGUCACAGGGACGUCACUCUGUCACAAAGCGUGUUUAUUGAUCUUUAUAUGCCGAUGAUUAAAUGUGACGAGUUACUUGAAGACGAACUUUACGAUGGAAACUUGAUUCCAAAGGAAUCAGCUGCAGGAGGCCGAUCAAUAAACACCGACCUCUUUUUUUUUGUACUUGAUUUAUAAAAAUAAAAAAAACAAUAAAAUUUUCUUCACGAGGUAAAAAACUA